CGUAGCCGGCGUUUGACGUGUCCUAGCCUCCUAGUCUAGGCGCAUAUCAGUUUAAUAAUUUCUUGCAAGCAUCAGUCUUAUAAGUUGCAACGUGCUGUAUUGAGGGAAUAGUACAUGUUUGCAUGCUUAUAUCGAAAAGUUGUUAGUGAAAGACGAGAAAAAAAUAUGCAUUAUAGCGUUUAAUUUCACUGAGAACAAAAUGUUGCCGAAUAAAUCGUCUGCGACAAAUACGAAAAAAAUUAUGUUCCCUGAUAAGAAAACAACUACCAAGCAAAUGAGAACUUCUACCUUAACCAAUGCCGCUGGUCUUAGUUCUUUGAUUACUUUUACCGUAUUAUUACUUGCUUGGAUAGCAGGCUUUGCAUCCAGACUUUUUGCAGUUAUACGAUUUGAAAGUAUUAUACAUGAAUUUGAUCCUUGGUUCAAUUAUAGAGCAACGGCUUACAUGGUACAACAUGGGUUUUAUAAUUUUUUGAAUUGGUUCGAUGAAAGAGCUUGGUACCCAUUGGGACGUAUUGUAGGUGGAACAGUAUAUCCUGGACUUAUGAUUACAUCUGGGACAAUACAUUAUAUACUACAUUCUUUAAAUAUUCCAAUACAUAUAAGAGAUAUAUGUGUCUUCUUAGCACCAGUUUUCAGUGGCCUUACUGCCAUUUCUACUUAUUUAUUAACUAAAGAAAUAUGGAGUGCUGGUGCUGGACUUUUUGCUGCAUGUUUCAUUGCAAUUGUACCUGGUUAUAUUUCCAGAUCUGUAGCUGGAAGUUAUGACAAUGAGGGAAUUGCAAUAUUUGCAUUACAAAUUACUUAUUAUCUUUGGGUUAAAUCGGUUAAAACUGGAUCAAUAUUUUGGGCUUCAAUGACUGCACUAUCAUAUUUUUAUAUGGUAUCUGCAUGGGGUGGAUAUGUAUUCAUCAUUAACCUUAUACCAUUUCAUGUAUUUGCAUUAUUAGUCAUGAAUCGAUUUAGUAAUCGUUUGUUCACAAGUUAUACUACAUUUUAUAUUUUGGGACUUCUAUUAAGUAUGCAAAUACCAUUUGUUGGUUUUCAACCAAUUAGAACAUCAGAACACAUGGCUGCAGGAGGUGUAUUUGGUUUAUUGAUUUUUGUAGCUACUCUCAGGUAUUUACGAACUGUACUGACAAAAUUUGAAAUGAAAUAUUUCAGUGGUGUGGUAGCAAUAACAGCAGUUGUCCUUUUAUUAAUUUUGAUUAUAUUAACUUAUACUGGUAUUGUUGCCCCUUGGAGUGGAAGAUUUUAUUCUCUAUGGGAUACAGGUUAUGCAAAAAUACAUAUACCUAUAAUAGCAUCAGUUUCUGAACAUCAACCUACAACCUGGUUCAGUUUCUUUUUUGAUUUACAUAUUCUUGUCACAACAUUUCCUGUUGGACUAUGGUACUGCAUCAAACAUAUUAAUGAUGAAAGAGUGUUUGUUAUAUUGUAUGCCAUAAGUGCCGUAUAUUUCGCUGGAGUAAUGGUAAGGCUUAUGCUUACUUUAACUCCAGUUGUAUGUAUGUUAGCUGGCGUAGCAUUCAGUGGAUUAUUAGAAUUAUUCUUGAAAGAGGAAUGUAGAGAUGGGAAUGAUAGAAUUGAAGGAAGCGAAGAUGAAAGUGAAGAAGAAAGAGAGAGAAGUCCUGGCAGAGCAUUAUAUGAUAAAGCUGGAAAACUAAGAAGAAUGAAACAUGAAAGACCUAAGGAUGCUGGUGAUGGAUUAGGAGACAGUCUUAGAAAUAGUGUCAUCAUUGGUGUAUUAAUCUUGUUAAUGAUGUUCACUGUGCAUUGUACUUGGGUUACAAGUAAUGCAUAUUCUAGUCCUUCUAUUGUUUUAGCAUCUUAUAGCAAUGAUGGUGGUAGAGCUAUUCUUGAUGAUUUUAGAGAAGCUUAUUACUGGUUAGCUCAAAAUACACCUAAUGAUGCUAGAGUUAUGAGUUGGUGGGAUUAUGGUUAUCAAAUAGCUGGAAUGGCGAACAGAACUACACUUGUGGAUAAUAAUACGUGGAAUAAUUCACACAUAGCUUUAGUGGGUAAAGCAAUGAGUUCAAACGAAAGCGCUGCUUAUGAAAUUAUGACGUCCUUAGAUGUAGAUUAUGUAUUAAUUAUUUUUGGUGGUAUGAUUGGAUAUUCUGGUGAUGAUGUUAACAAGUUUUUAUGGAUGAUACGGAUUGCCGAGGGUGAACAUCCCCAAGAUAUUCGUGAAAGUGACUAUUUCUCUGAAAAAGGAGAAUUUAGAGUGGAUUCCGAAGGAUCUCCUACUUUAAUGAAUUCUUUAAUGUAUAAACUGAGUUAUUAUAGAUUUGGUGAAGUUAAAAUUGACUACAGAUCACCUUCUGGUUACGAUCGUACUCGGAAUGCAGAGAUAGGAAAUAAAAAUUUUCAGCUUACCUACUUAGAAGAAGCUUACACUACUGAACAUUGGCUUGUUAGAAUUUAUAGGGUAAAAAAACCAGAAGAAUUUAAUAGACCCAGGAUUCCAAUCGCAGAUAGAGUUAUAGCUCGUCAUGCAAACUCGUAUAUUAGCAAAAAGACUGCACGACGUAAGAAAGGUUUCAUAAAAGGCCGGCCAAUAGUUAUUAAAGGACAGAAACCUCAAAAGAAAGCGACGUAACAAAUGUAUAUUACUUAUCCCAUAAAAAAUUUCAAAUACAACUUUUGUAACAACAGAAUUACCGUCCCUUGGGUCUACCAUAAACUGUAGUCCAAAGUGUGAUUAAUACUGUCAAAGAAUUUGUUUGAAGGAUACUGUAAGAAAAGGAAAGAAAAAAAAAAAACAGGAUCUUAUUUCAAAGUA